UCUUCUUGAAAACCAAACAAAAACAUAAAUUUCCGAAAAUAUUUAUAUUUUUCAUUCUGGAUAAAAAAACAUCAAAACCAAUGGUUUAUAUUCAUUUUCCUUCCCAACUAACUGAAGAGGAACAUAUGCUUCAGGCUAAAUAUCAAAAACUAAAAAAGAAAAAAAAAGCCUUACAUGCCCUCAAAGCACCCAAGCAGGAACCCGAAAAGCCACCAUCAUUAAAACGUCCCACAGAUGCUCGAGAUGCCCGUGAAGUUGCUAGAAAACUCAUCAAAAGCGGAGCUAUUCCGGCAAUUCAAAAGCAACAAACUAAACAAGACCAAACCUCGUUCAAACGACCCAAGGGUCAGGAAAGGAAACGUGUCAUCCCAGAGGCAAGUGUUUCUGCGUAUCAACCGUUUUCAUCGACUCAAAACGAUGUGGCACAAGAAAAUAUAAGUGAGAUCAUCAAAGAGGAACCAAGAAUGCAAGAUCUAUAUCAGAAGUUUGCAACCGAAAGAGAUCGCGAAGAACGCGGACUCAACGAGAAGGGUUUGGAUCCGGCAACUAGCGACAAGCCACGCGCUGGACAUACAAUUUUUGUUUCUGGCAACAAAGUUACAGAAGAGUUCUUGAAGAAGAACUUCACUGAGUUCGGAACAAUUGUAAAUGUUUCAAUGGAAAUUGAAAAAGGACGUGGAUUUGUGACGUUUUCGAAACCUGAAUCGGCUGAUCGAGCUAUUGUGGAAAUGCACAGCAAGAGUAUAGGGGGGAUUAGCUUACAAGUGCAACUUGCUAGACGCCAACCCCAAAUCGAACCAAUCAAUGAUGCUUCCUCGUCAGCUGUUUGGUCAACAAUUGCUGCCAGCAAGUCCCAAAAAGGUAGCCACAAGGAUCGCCGUGAAAUGGUCAUAUACAAUGAAGACCUGUUUCAAUAAUGAAAUUCAAAAUUGUUGUCUUGAAAAAAAUAAAAGAAAUACAUUCAAAAUAAACGACUCUAAUAAUAAUAAAGGUA